AUGCUGCGGAGGCUCCUGCUCGCCAGGGCCGGCCCGUGGGGGCAGCCGGCCGGGACGCGCGCCCGGGACCCUCGGGCGCCUCUUCCCUGUGCCCGUCCCAGGAGAGGGCUCGGCGACGAGGCCAGGGGAGUGCGGGAUGCAGCUUCCCAGGGUGCAAAUCCAGAUUUUCAGCCCUUCAAAAAUGACCGCAGGCCUACGAAUUUCGACAAGAAGGUGUUAGUGUGGGCAGGACGCUUUAAAAAGGAGGAGGAGAUUCCUGCGCUCAUCUCGUCUGAGGUCCUGGAUGCCGCAAGGAACAACGUGAGGAUAAAAGUUUGCUACGUCAUGAUUGCGCUGACCUUGCUGGGCUGUUUGGCCAUGGUCAUUUCAGGCAAAGAAGCUGCUAAGAGGGAUCACACACUGCUGAGGAUGAAUACAGAGAAGAAGGCCAAAUGGAGGGCUGAAGCAGAGAGAGAUCAGGAGGCAGCUACUGAGACACCGCAAUGAUCGAGAACAGACUUAUUUUAACAGCAGGAGAUAAGUGUUUAGCACACAUGGCAUGUGUACCUGUUUUCAUUUAACUCUUUGGAUCUUUUUCACUGCAACUCUCUCAGGGCAAGGACUUCAUUGCUUAAAAAGUGCUCAAUACGAACUGUGAAAAUUCCCAUGGAAAUUCCAGUGGAUGUUUUCCAUGCUCUCUGGUCCUUGCUGCUGGGCUAAGCAGAUGAGACCUCUGUAUUUCAGCAAUCAGAAGUUGGGAUGGAUGCAGGACCCUCCAGCACAGGCUCAGCUCUGCAUGGCCACCUCAGUGUCACCUCCACCACAGACAUCAGGGAUCACAUAAAGGUGCAGAGUUCCUCUAAUGACAACAGAGUUGGCCAAAGUGACUGGGGCAGUGGGGGAAGAGGUCUGGAAUAUGCUUUAAAAUAACAAAUAAGUCAAUCGUGUCUCUACCUCUAAUCCUGUUGUACCUCUCUGGU